CGAGCGAAAGGCAUCAAUUGAACGGUUUGUGGCGUGCCGUAAACAACAAGUGUCGAUUGUCAGCCACCCCGACAGUCCUCUCGAUUCUCUCUCUCUAUACCUCCCUCUCGUCAUAGAAGUGUUCGCAUUUCCAUUGUGUGCCGGUGAAACUAAAAGUUAAUUAGUGUAGUUUCCGAAGAUUGUUGCUCCUUUCCUUGGGACGCGAACAAGGAACCCGUUCAUGCGUGUACGUGCGUGCGUGUAUGUGUGUGUGUGCGUCAGUUAUCGAAUCCUUUGCUUCCUCGCUUUAUGAGCCGACUCUUGUGUGACUUUUGUGUGUAAUUAAUACGAGCACUUCACCAGCCUCUGGCAGAGGCUUUGGUUACGGUUGGAGGAAGAAAGUUCCCUUUCCAACACAAAAGACGUUUACACGUUUGGGUCUGCGAAGACCCACACCAUUAUUCGUUCAUUAUCCUUCCGAGAAAAAAGAGGUUGCGAGAAACAGGAUUUCCCUCCAGAAAAGUGCAUCCAAGACGUGGUCGUGUGGUUUCUGUGUGUGUGAGAGAGAGCCGACAAAGCUGAAGCAAUGUUGCGGCACAGCCAACGAGCACGCAAACGCAACCAAGUGGCCGGCCUGCCGGGCAUUGCGGGCAUCCUGUUGAUCGUCGUAGGAUUAGUGGGAAAACUUUGCACCGCAAAUGCGGCCACCACCGUCCACUACCAGCAACAUGCUGCACCACCAGCCAAAUCAACGGUCACGCCCGCCCAACAGUACUUUGAUGCCGUUGCACCGGAAGAUCGAGAAAACUUCAUCAAAUACCACCUGGACAGGGCACUGGAGGAGCGUUUGCCCCGGCACACGAGCAGCAUACCGAAGGACUUUGAGUUCGUUGCCUUCCAGGACGCGGCCGAGCCGGAACAUUUUUCCCUCAACCUGUUGGACCACUUUAUGAUCGCUUACGGUCUGUCGGAGCUGGAUGUGUACGCGUUUGUGGCGCUGAAUGUGAUCUGCUUCCCUUCCGGCUGGUGCUUCGACCCGGACGAUGUCGGUAACAUUUGCUGUCCCUUCUAAAGCUUCGGCAGCCUGGGCGUGUAAAUAGGACCUUGCAAGUGGAGCAGCGUAAUGUCAACAUAGACACACACACAUGUAUAUGUGUAAAACACACAUACACACAAACUUGGCCCUUUGAGUAAAGCAGUCCAAAAAGGGCAGUAACAUGGGCGAGAUACAGCAAACCACAUGUUGACAAAAUUAACAUCAAUAAAACCAGAGCAAAUUGCUAAAUCAAUUAAGCCACCCCGACCAGGAACCAGGGGGAAGGAGUCCCCCGUUUUGGGGGCACUUUAUUUUACAUCACAGUGUGUCUGUGUGUUUUUGUGGUUUUUUGGUUCUGUGUUUUGUUUUUUUCAGCCCUUCAGUGACACAAACUUCCGCCAGCAUACACGUGCAUCGCGUAGCGCUGAGUUGACGCUAGCCGUUAAACUUUUAAUCGGAACCGCUUGUCUGCGUUGGCCCAACGCACCAACGCAACCACAUCCCUUCACUGUUGACGAUCCACAGUUUCGAUGACACUGUAAAUCAUUCACAGCCACCGAUGAGUGUAAUCAAUCACCCAAACUAUACCAGAAAACCAUUGUCCGGCGGGAAAAUUACAGCUGAUGGAUCCGUGUUUUUGCUGCGCUCCGUAUCCUGCAAAACGAAAGGGGCGGCGUAAACACCGGCCAGGUGCUGCGUACGGGUGGCAAAUUAAAUG